GAUGCCGCGGCGGCCCAGCCUUGAAUGCGCCUCUCUCUGGAGUUUCAUUGUUUGCUUGUUGGUUGGCCUGGAACUUCUGGAGACCCUCCUGCCGCAGCCUCCCGAGGCCUGGGAUGACAGGCGUGCUCCUCCACGCCCGGCUCAGCCUCUCGGUUUUAUUUUUUAAAAUAUUUUUGUCUUUCUGAGAGGGUCUCACUAUGCAGCCCAGGCUGGUCUUGAACUCAGAACGAUCCUCUUUCCAAGUCUCCCCAGUUCCGGACGGCCCUUUUGUCAGUCCAGGCUCAGUCAGAUAGAAGCCGGGGGAGAGAAGCCGGGGCGCCUUUAUUCCCCAAGGAGGAGGCGCUGGGGCCGUGGCAGGGUCGGGCAGGGCCUGUUAGGUUUGAGUUUCCACGCGGACUUCCCCUGCAGGAACCGCCAACAUGGUAGACAGACAUGCCAGAAUGUGGGGUCUUGGCGGGAGGAAGAGAGGUUGGUUAUUCAUUCAGCUACCUCCCACUGAGGGUGUAGGGACAGAUGAACAGGAAUAAGGCAAAGAGGUUCAUCGAUGCAUGCACCACGUGCGGACUCACGGGACGACUGCAAGAGAGUUAGAAUUUGGGUCGUCUGAAGUCUUGGAAGUCGGAGAGUCAAUCAAUGAACCUUCAGGAACACAGUUCUGCUCAUGACUGUCCUUCGCCCAGGAACUCCUCGAUCCCACCGCGUCCCCUUCCGGCCGCGGUGACCAGCGCGUUAACGCGGGGCCCUCGGUGUCUGCCCAGGUUCCAGCAGCUGCAUCGAAAUCUCCAUGGCCAGACAGCGCAGCGCCCCGGGCAUCUUCGGGACCCAGCCGGGCUCCGGGGCCCACGCGGACUGGAUGUCGGAGCUGUGCCCGCGGCUGUGGGACGUCCCGCUGCACCACCUGGCCAUCCCCGGCAGCCACGACACCAUGAGCUACAGCCUGAGCCGGGAGUCACCCGUGUCCCCCACGCAGCCCAAAGUGCUGCGCGUCCUCAGCAAGGCGCUGCCCUGCGUCACGCGGCCCGUGGUGCUGCGGUGGGCGGCCACGCAGACGCUGGACGUGGCUGGGCAGCUGGACGCGGGCGCGCGCUUCUUGGACCUGUGCGUGGCGCACACGCCGGGCGGCGGGGAGCGGAGCCUGCGCUUCGAGCACACGGUGUACUCGGCCGCGCUGGUGGAGGACGCACUCACGGACGUCUGCGAGUGGCUGGAGCUGCACCCACGCGAGGCCGUGGUCCUGGGGUGCAGGGGCUUCGAGGGGCUCAGCGCGGAGCUGCACGACUACCUGGUCGCCUGCGUGGGCAACAUCUUCGGGGCGCGGCUGUGCCCCCGCGGGGUAGGGUGGGGUCGGUGGGGACAGGGGUUCACAUGGGACAGGGGUGUGGGGGGGACCCCUGGGUCCGUCCGGCUGAGCCCCGCGCCCCGCAGGAGAUCCCCACGCUGCGGCAGCUGUGGGCGCGCGGCCAGCAGGUCCUGGUGUCCUACGAGGACGAGGCGGCGGUGUCGCGGCACCCGGAGCUGUGGCCCGGCCUCCCCCGCUGGACGGGCGCCGAGGUGAAGGGGGAGGAGCUGGGCAGCUUCCUGGACAGCAGGAGGAGCUGCGGCCGCCCAGGUGGGCUCUUCGUGGCCGGGGCGCACCUGUCCCCGUCACCCAGCUUCGCGCUGUGGCACCCGGCGGGGUCCCUGGCGACACUGACACGCGCGGCGCUGCCGGCCCUGGACGCCUGGGUCCGCCAGCAGAGGCCCGGGCCGGGGCCGUCCUGCACCAACAUCAUCGCGGGCGACUUCAUCGGCGCAGGCUCCUUCGUGACCGACGUCAUCGGCCUCAACCAGAAGCUGCUCUGGGGCUGAGGCCGGACUGCAGCGGGAGGACCACGCUGGACACGGCCCACGCGGGCGGACACGGGACGCGGCCCCAGGGAGCUCGAGCCGGCUCCACUCCCGCCCCUCGGACGAUCGCGGUCACCCGGGGCUCAUGCAGGGAGACCCUCCUGCCUCAGCCUCCCUGGUGAGCAGCCUUUAGGUGGACAGCAUGGUGCCAGCUGCUGAGAUGUUACUGGCACUUUUUAUUCCCCCCCACACCAGAAUUUAAAUAAAUAAAAGGAGCCCAAA